UGCACCGUGAACCGUGUCGGAAGGUUUUUCCUAGACUGAACAUCCUUGCUCAAAAUUGACAACUCUCAUAUUGAACAGACAGAAAAGAAGAAAGAGGAAUGACAAGAAACAGAGGAAGUGAAAGACUAAGAACGGUCUAGAUAUGCUAAAAAGAACUAAAGAGAUGGCAGAAGGCGAGGAAGUGUUUACGCCGAACCGAUUCAAUAUACUUCACAGAAGAAUGAAAAUGCAAAGAGAAGGGAAAGGUAUUCUGCCGAAGGAAAUUCUCAAUAUGGACAAGGAAUCAAUAGAUUUGUACAUGAAAGCGCUACAGGAAGGCAAGGUUUCUGUUAAAAAUAUCCGCGUAAUGGUAGUUGGUCAUUAUGGAGUUGGGAAAACAACGUUGACGAAACGUCUUUUAGGGGAGCCAGUUAAAAUCACAGAACGAGCCAGUACAGAUGGUAUAGACGUUCAUGUUGAUAGGUGUAAGAUCUCUCUCAAAGAUGGGACGUGGAUUUUGCAAAAACCUGACAAAGCACGGAAGGCGAUUUUCCAUCAGCUGGCAAAGUUAUUUAAAAAGGAUGAUCAAGAAGUAACUCAACUACAACCUCCAAAGGAGACGAACUCAAUGUUAGAUAUCGGGGACACAAUUCUCGAAUCUGCAAAACCUCAGGAAGAAACAAGAUCACAGACAGAUUCAAGUAUGGAUGUUGAUAAGUCUCAGGAACAGAAAACAACUGUUGAAUAUCCAGAAGACGGAGGAAAAACAGAAACAAAGCAUUCUGAAACAGUUAUGAAAGAAUCAGCGGAGAUUAUUUAUUCUCGUCACCAAUCCACCGAUGACAUUGAGGAACCAGCGGUUGAAUCUGCGGAUGAAGACUAUACACAGAGCUUGCGGCAUUUGAAGAAAUUCAUAGAAAACGUACAAGUUGACAAAGAACAUAUGGGAACAUCCGACCUGUCGUUGUGGGACUUUGCCGGACAGAAUGUGUUUUAUGCAACUCAUCAGGUUUUUUUCUCUCGUCGAGCAGUCUACCUGCUCGUCACAAAUAUUUCCAAGCACAUUGAUGAUACGGUAGACGACGAUCCUUGGCAUACUGACUGCAGAGGAGAGGCAAAGUGCAGAAUUGCAGGUAAGCAUAAUAAUUAUAUACUAGGUAGUAUGUGUGAAGUGAAAUGA